AUUAUUCGGGUCCUACAGUCAUAUUCUACGUCAUUAGGCACCGAUUAAAAAAAAAGGCAUAGCCCAAACAGUAAACAGUGUCAUAAUUUUUGGUAUUUUAGCUGUACUUUCUUGGAAACCUUGUCUUAAUGGCGUUGGAAACGGUGCCAAAAGACCUCCGCCACCUGCGGGCCUGUCUGCUAUGUUCUCUUGUAAAGACCAUCGACCAGUUUGAAUAUGACGGCUGUGACAAUUGUGAGUCGUACCUCCAGAUGAAGGGGAACAGAGAGAUGGUUUAUGAAUGCACAAGUUCUUCGUUUGAUGGUGUUGUAGCGAUGAUGAGUCCUGAAGACAGCUGGGUGGCUAAAUGGCAGAGAAUAGGUAACUUCAAGCCAGGUGUAUAUGCAGUGUCAGUGACAGGCAGACUACCUCCAGGUGUCGUGAGAGAGUUGAAAAGCAGAGGAGUAAUCUACAAAUCCAGAGACACAGCAGUGAAAACAUAACUUGGAUCGGUGCCUGUUUUCUUGUCUUCAUGAGCUGCAACACCACAUCUUUAGUCCUAUGGAGCGGUUUGAUUUUGGUUCUUUUUGUUCUGAUUAAAAGUUAAAAUAAAGGUCUGGUUUUUUUUUUAUUACCUGUAA